AUGCUCAAAGCUCGCACGAUCCCUGACAGGUAUCCAAUCAGACAUAUACACGACUUUACCCAUAGUAUAGCUGGUUGUAAGGUCUUCAGUACUAUCGAUCUGGUUAAGGCUUAUAACCAAAUACCUGUCAGUGAGUGCGACAUCCCAAAAAUUGCAAUUACUACACCGUUUGGACUUUAUGAGUUCCCUUACAUGUCGUUCGGCUUCUGCAACUCAGCGCAAACCUUCCAACGAUUUGUGACCAGGGGCUUAGAAUUUUGUUACUGUUACCUUGACGACUUUCUAAUAUUUUCACGAAACGAAGAGGAACACGAGAAACAUGUUCACACAGACAGACUCAAGAGACUCAAGACUGUAUUUUUGGUGCUGACGAAGUCACUUUCCUUGGUUACCGUAUUUCGGAAAGUGGCACCAAGCCCCUUGAAGAAAAAGUACAGGUCAUUCUUGAGUACCCACAACCCAAGGAGGUAUGUCACUUGA